AUGCCCCGGGCCCGGGCCGCCUACCUGGGUCAAGGUCGCGACGGUCCCGUCCCGUCAGCGCCGCACCUGGGGAGGGCAGAGGAGGCGUCGGACGCGGGGCCGGGAACCCCCCGGGACCCCGCGGACCCCAGCGGGACUGGGCCCCCCGCCCCACGGCACCGCGACCCGCUCGGACCCGUCCCCGCCGCGGGCCCCUCACCCUCGAUACCGCUCGAGCCGGUCCGGUCCCUCUGGCCCCGCGCGGCCAAGGGCGGGCGGCGGCCCGGGCACCCCGGCACGGAGCAGAAGGGCGGUUGGACCUGCCUCGAGGCCCGCUCCGCUGCCCGCACACCUCGCUCCCGCGCCGCCGCUCACCGCCCGCCCCCGCCGCGGGCCCCGCGCUCCCGACGCCAUCUUCCCGCCGCGCCCGACGCACCGCGCGCGCUGGACACGCCCACCGCCGGGCUGACCACGCCCACCGCGGGGCUGACCACGCCCACCGCGGGGCUGACCACGCCCACCGCUGCCCGGGACACGCUCGCACGCCUCGGUGGGCGGGGCCUGCACGGGAGAGCUCGAGCGCUCAUUGGCUACGCCGAGAGUGGGGCGGGGCCGGGAGGGGCCGGAGCGCGUGGGAACCGGGAAUCGGGAACAGGGACGGGCGGUACCGGGACACCCCGGCACCGGGUACCCCCUACGAGCACCCUCCGGAGCGGGGCAUCCCGAGAAACCGGAAACCUCUCCGAGCCGGUCACCGGUAACCUGUACUCAGGUGCUGGGAAUCCCGGCACCGAGAACCCCAGUACGAGCAGCACCCGGAACCGGGCACCCCACUGGCCCAGGCACCCCUGUGCUGCGAGCCCCAGAACUGGGCAGCCCAGUACCGGCGGGUACCCUGUGCCCGGCCCUGGCAGGCGCUCCGGGUACCGGGAACCGGCACCACCCGCGCACAGGGCACUGCCUGGCACCGCCUGUUGUUACUGGAGACUAACCCGGGCCCCAGAGUGCCCGGUGGACCUGGCACCGUGGCUGCCUCGGCGCAGGUGUCCCUGCGGACCGCACGUUGCUAAGGACGAGCCCGGUGCCGCGGGAGCCGCCUGGCUGGGUCCCCUUGAGGAGCCACGCCUGGCACCGGGGCAGGCGGCGGCUCCUGCCAGCAGCUCGGGUGCACAGGACCGCCGGCUACCGGAACGAGCGGGAUCCGCGCUGCGGAGGAUGCGGACCCUCGGCUCCCUCCCGUCCUGCCGCGGGGCCCGGCUCCAGCCCCGCAGCACCUCUGGAGCCGCCGGACGUGCCACGGGGAACUGGACCCUGGACCCCGCCGGGGACUGGCACUACAGAUGGAUCAGUCUCAUGGUGCUGCCCAUCCUUUACAACUGGGUCGUCCUCAUCCUCAGGUGCUGCUUCCCCGAGCUGCAGGAGGCACACACCGGGCUGUGGCGGGCCCUGGACGGGCUCAGCGAUGCACUGUACCUGCUGGACAUCGCCGUGCACUGCCACACAGGUUUCCUAGAGGACGGGAUCCUGGUGCGGGACCUCAGCCGGACGCGGCGGCUCUAUCUGAGCUCCUGGACCUUCCCCUGGGACGUGAUGACUGUGCUGCCCACCGAGCUGCUCUGUCUGCUCCCAGGGGUCCCGAGGGUCCCGGGGGUGCCAGCAGCACGCGCCAACCGCUGCCUACGGGUGCCACGACUCUUCGAGGCCUUCGACCGGUGCGAGACACGCACGGGAUGGCCCAACGUGUUCCGCACGGCCAAGCUGAUGCUGUACCUGCUGCUGGGCAUCCACUGGCACGGCUGCCUCUACUUCGCACUGUCGGCGCACCUGGGGCUGGGCGUUGAUCCCUGGGUCUGCCCCAGCUCCACCCGACCGCUGCGCCGAUACCUGCACAGCUUCUACUUCUCCACGCUGGUCCUGGCCACGGUGGGAGACACGCCGGCACCGCAGCGCGAGGAGGAGUUCCUCUUCCUCACCGCCGGCUUCCUCCUGGCCGUGCUGGGCUUCGCCACCGUCACCGGUAGCAUCAGCACCGUCAUCGUCAACCUCAGCACGGCCACCACCGCCUUCUACCCCGAGGCGGGGCCGGUGCGGCGGUACCUGCGGGCGCGGGGCGCGGGCGGGCGGCUGGAGGCGCGCGUGGUGCGCUGGCAGCAGCACCUGCGGGCACAGCGCAAGCUGCCGGCGGAGCGGGAGGUGCUGCAGCUCCUGCCGCGGGGGCUGCGGGCCGAGGUGGCCGCCAGCGUGCACCUGGCGGCCCUGCGGCGAGUCGGGCUGUUCCGCAGCUGGGAGCACGGAGUGCUGCGGCAGCUGGUGCUGCGCCUGCGACCGCAGGUCUUCGGCCCCGGCGAGUUCGUGUGCCGGCGUGGGGAUGUGGGCCGCGAGAUGUACUUCAUCCGCGAGGGCCGCCUGGCCGUGGUGGCCGAGGACGGUGUCACGCAGCUGGCCGUGCUGAGCGAGGGGCUCUACUUCGGGGAGAUCAGCCUCAUCAACAUCAAGGGCAACGCGGCGGGGAACCGGCGCACGGCCAACAUCCUGAGCAUCGGCUACUCAGACCUGUUCUGCCUGGGCAAGGAGGACCUGGCGGAGGUGCUGGCCGAGUUCCCCCGUGCCCGUGCUGCCAUGGAGGCCAAAGGCCGGGAGCUGCUGCUGCGCAUGGGCCGGCUCGACACCGGGGCCGAGGCGGCGGCACUGGCGGCCGAGGCGGAGGCGGAGCGGCGGCUGCAGGGGCUGGAGCUGGCCCUGGAGGGGCUCCAGACUCAGGCAGCCCGGCUGCUGGCACAGCUGGAGGCCAGCGCCCUGCGCAUGGCCCUGCGCGUCCAGCGCCUCGAGAGACGGCCGCACCUGCGGGACAGAGCGGCGCGGACAGACGGAGCAGCGGGAGCGGCCUCACCGCCUGCCGGGACACAGGGUCCUCCUGAGGGACAGGGUCCCCCCGGAGCGCAGCAUCCAGCCAAGGCACAGCGUGGCCUCAGGGCAUACGGUCCCCUCAGGGAACAGGGUCUCUCCAAGGCCACAGAGACAGACUGGGGCACGAGGUCCCAGUGGUACGUAUGGUCCCAGUGGGGCACAGACUCUCCCCAGGGCACAGGGUCCCUCCGGGUCACAGAGUUCCAGAGGGGUGCAUGA